UACAAAUCUUCAAGCUUAAACUAGAAAUUAACAAUCUUUCUCGGAGAAUUCUGGCUUUUUUCUCCGGGAAAUUUUCAGGCGAGUAAUUGGGAACCAUGACUUGGUUAAGCACGCACAGUUGUGCGGUUGUGUUACUGGUGGUGGGUUUGGGCUCCGGCAGCUGUUACGGGUUUGGGACGUUCGGGUUCGAUAUCCACCAUCGGUUCUCGGAUCCGGUUAAGGGAGUUCUGGGUGUCAACGAUUUGCCGCCGAAGGGGAGUGUGGAGUACUAUAAUGCUUGGGCCAAGCGCGACCGGAUAUUUCAUGGCCGACGAUUGGCGGCUGCUAAUGAUCAGACGCCGGUUACGUUUCUGGAUGGAAACGAGACGCUUCGACUCGAUAUUUUUGGAUUCUUGUAUUAUGCGAACGUCACAAUAGGAACACCGGCUUUGUCAUUUAUAGUGGCACUAGACACUGGCAGUAACCUGUUCUGGUUGCCGUGCAAUUGUUCUAGUUGUGUACGUGAGUGGGUUUUAUCAAAGCGAAAGAUGGCUGUUUUGGUUGCUAGAACUUGUACUGCAGAAUACAUAUUGUGUUCCAUGAAUCUUAAAUGAUCAUAUAAAAAGUGCACCUUGAU